AUGCUCUCUUCGCGACUGCUGAAGUAUCUGCUUCAAAUCAGCUACAUAUCAUUGGUUUUAGGGACUUUCUGUGCUACUCUUCUCUCAUGUGUGGCCCUUCUAUCCCAGGCCGUUCGAACUGCACCGAGUAGAUCUUGGAACAAGAAUUUCAAUGCUCUCAUCAUCGGCGCCUCAUAUAUAGUGUUGCUGAUUGCAUCCUUAUUCUUCUGCUUGAAGAGAACAUUGGCCGUGCGACUGAAACUCUCGAGACUCUCGAGAACGCACAAGACCAUUACUCGCGGGGAUGUUCCCGAUUCCGUCCACAGGUUCAUCACUGAGGAAUACGCGCGGACAUGCUUGAUUGCACACCAAAGUCAACCAACUGAUGCAUUUCAUGAAGGAUGGGGUAAACUAGGAGGCCAACACGAGGGCGUUUAUUUCAGACGUGCUCUAUUGGACACCAUCCCAAAAAUCGAUUCUCUGGCUCGCCUUGUCAUUCCUACACACCCAGCAUUGAAACCUCACGCUCGCAUGAUACAUCAUUUUCGAUUCAUACUACCUCUACUUGCCUCAAACGAGGAUGAGCUUACGCCUUUACACUACUACGACUCCAUCAUACAACUUGCCAGAGUUUCGCAUCGAGAGCCCACGGAAGAAGAGUUUGAACUAGGUAUUCAAUCAGCGGAGACUAUCAUGCAAGUUCUGAACGAGUGUCGACUCGAGAUGCUCGAAGAUUCUUCGACACAGCUAAAUCAAUUUUCGGAGGAGUCCAUCCAUAUACGCUCUUAA